AUGGACGCGCAAAAUGAAACGCGGAGCAGAGUCCCGAACAGGGCUGCUGCCCUCAGCGCUGCCAUGGCGGGCGAUGCACCCGCGUACCCCCUCUCUGGCGGCGAGGCCGGAGAUGUGACUACUUCUGCACCUCGCUUUCCCGUGCCUGACGACUUCAAGGUUGUCGCCGAUCCUGUUUACCGUGCGGUCAAAGUGGUGCCCCCGUACUGGCAUACUUUCGAGACCGAUGUGAAAAUGCGCUGGAGAGACAGAUCCAUUUUUGAGGUCGUUACCAGCGAGUUCCGCUCGCGACCGACGUCUUACUACCAGCAUGCGAUUGACAGCGGGAAGUUCAUCCUGGUGAACCAGCGGGCUUGCACACGCGACACAGUCCUCCGCAAUGGCGACCACCUCACGCACAGGACGCUUGAGAUUGAGUUCGCUAUACCGGCCGCAACUCCCGUACGCAUUCUUUACGAGGAUGAGGAGCUUCUCGCAGUUUUCAAGCCGGCUGGCAUACCAGUUCACCCGCAGGGACGGUACACACAGGCCUCCCUCACUGGGAUUCUGAAGAGGUUUCACUUGCGACAGGACGCGUCCGCGUACUUGCAUCCCAUCAACCGUCUCGACCGAGUCACGGCAGGAGUUGUUAUUCUGGCAAAAAACCCAACGCAGGCACGAACUCUGACUACUGCCAUCGCUUCUGCCAUUAAGAUUUACGUCGCGAGAGUGCGAGGAAACUUCGCCGAAAUCGUGGAACGCGUCAGGGCGGCCGCCCGUGCAUGCCCUCCAUCUGCUGAGCGGGGCGUGUCUUUAGAAGUCACGGCGACAGCGGCCGCUUGCUCCACUGAUGCAGACACCUUCGACGAACGCAAGUUAUCGCGCGCCGACGAACAUCGGGAUGGGCGUGGCACAAAGAAUAAUUUUGUCAAUGGACUGACGCAUGAGAAUACAACUGACAGCAACUCAACUGGCAGUGCGCCAACACUCUUGCGGGAGACGGACACCUCUCCAGACGCCCCGUCGUUGGAAAAAGACAUUUCGGGCACCGCAGAACACAGGAAGAGCCCAGAGUCCGCGCCCUCCGUCACAGAGAGGCGGAAGAGGAAAGAGGAAAAGCGUCGCCAGAAGGCGGAAAAGAAGCUGCGGCGAGAAGAGCAAUAUGAGCAGCGUCAACGGGAGCACGAACUGAAGAUGUCGCGACAGAACGCAGCCGACGAGGAUUUCUCCAUAGAGGAGGCUACGCGUAGAGGCAUCUUCUCCGUUAUCACGGUUUCGGCGCCACACAAGCGACCGCCCGUCUCUUGUCGAAGCGCUGAACAGACGACCUCAGCCACAGGAGAUCACUCUACUGUUCUGGCAUCGAAUGACGCGGCGUGCGCCGAAGGAGCAUGCGAGGGCAGAGCGAGCGGCAGCCCUGGAGGCUGUUGUUCCAGGACACAGGAUCCAUCUCCUGAAGUUCAGCACGAGCAGACGUGGCUUAAAGUCUCUGCUCGUCUGGUCGUGUCCAGCUGCCUCGUAGGGCGGCAAUUGGCGGUGGGCUGGAAUGAGGAGCUUGGCAAAGAAGCGGAGACAGUUUUCAAGACGCUUCACUAUGACGAGAAUAGCGGGACUUCCCUUGUGGCUUGCGUUCCGCUCACUGGUCGGACUCAUCAGAUCCGCAAGCACUUGCAUAUCCUAGGUGCCUCGAUUAUCGGAGACGCCUUGUAUUCAUCCAGUUCGACUUCAAGAAUACCGGAGUCGCCGCUAGAGUCUUCCCCAGAGGACAUAGUUGCGGUAACCUCACUUGCCGACUCUACCGUUGCAAAGAACCGGCCGCCCGGCGAUGCCAGUGCUCUUCCUCGGAGAGCGUCCAGCGAGAGAAGCGUACCGGUUUCCUUCAGCUUAGACGAGCUACGGGAAGUGAAUCGUGGAAGUAUUGACUGCAUCUGCCCACAGUGCAGAAGGCUUACAAAUACGAAUUCUACAGCACUCGACACCUCUCAGGUGGGUGACUGCCGCUUCCUGGGAGCGCUUCGGGAAAUCGCUGGACUUUCCGAUGUGGCUGUAUCGCCCGAUGGCCAGACGGCAGAAGCGCGAUACGUGAUUGAGGAGCCAUGCGCGAUUGACCUGAUUUCAUUCGCCUAUCUCUUCGACACACCAAGCAACGGAUCGGGCGCCGCGGCGACAGACGCCCCACGAGGAUGUGAUGCAUCGGAGUGGCUACAACCGACUGCAGGUGAUGGCAAAAUCGAGACUCCAAAAGGUUUGCGUUCCGACUGUGGGUUUCCCGAGGUAGCCGCUGCUGCAGAGGCCGCACAUGGGCGACGAAAGAGCCCCGGAGUCACCACGUGUGUUCACAGAACUGAAUCAAAAGGUUUAGCGGGGGCGAGCCCGUCCGACAGGACAGGAAAAGCUUCGACCCCCGAUGCCGCCGUUGCCUCGCCGUGUCAUAGUACCCGAUUUCUUAUUGCGUGCCCCCCGGACAUCAUGCCAACUUGGACUUAUCCGGCGGCGCCGCAGGAGCUCCGUUCCCUUUUCGGCUGUUUGCGCGCCCUGCGGAAGUUUAACAAGUCUUCGGAAGCGGGAGCUUCCAGGUGA